AUGGCUUUCCGACAGCAGCAGCGGCCUAAGAGCUCGCGACAAAUAUCCUACAAUGCACCAGAACCUGCACCCGACGCUGCUACCGCCUCACAGCAGCUCAAACGACCACUAGAGGCCUCCGAAGAAUGGAUCCUCUUCUCCCCAACCGCCCCUUCUACCACUGCCCGCACACAGACUACCUCGACCGAACGAACACCACGAACAGCUGGUCUGUCAAGGUUCAGUGAGUUCGGCUCACUUGAGACUGCAGCCCAGUCCGAGGACGGCGAUAAUGGCACCUUCCUGGACACUGAGGAGGAAUUAGACAGUCUAGAUGACGGUCUACGUGCUUUCCACGAGCCUUCUGACUACGGCGCGCCAGCAAGCAGGCUGGUCCAAAGCGGCGAGACUGUCUUACCAACCCACGAUGGCCUGGGCGAGUUCCUCACUGAUGCGACUACACAAGAACACAUGUGGCAGUUUGAGCAAUCACGACGGCGUACCACACGAAGACGGUCAAGUGUCCAGAGACACUUCUCUAUCUUAGAUCAGGUGGAUGAAGGCAACCAAGAACAAGAAAGGCGCCAGCGCAUUGAGAAAUGGCGGCUAGAGCAGAGCAAAGCGCUGCUGGAAGAGAUUGAGAAAGAGACUAGGCGGAGACGGCGAAUGAUUCCAAAGCCUGCACCAUCUGCUGCGGAGACGCAGAGUGACUCGUCGGAGGAAGGAUCCGAGUCUUUCUGGCAACGAAUAACGAGGAGGGUGAUCCGAGACCUCAUCGGGCUGGACGAGGACACAUUGUCGGUUAUCUUUGGUGAAUCACUUCCCGAGGAACUGAGUACACCAAACCGGGGUUCUUCCACAGAGUUCUCUGCAGAAAAAGCCCUAGAAGAUGCAGGCAUUGACCCGUCGACAAUGUCAGAAGAUGGUUGGCAGACCCGGAUACUCGAGCGAGUUGCGCGAGAGCUUGGAACACUGGUUCAUCAACUGUCCGAGCAUCCUGGAGCAUUUGCCACAUACCAGCGCACACAGUCAGCACCGGAAUAUGCAGGCCUGACAUCAACGACGUUCAAGCCGACCCUGCCAGCCGAGUUGAGCUCAGUACGCCCCGUCAGCUCGCAACCGACCUCCGAUUCGCCUGCAUCGGCUCACUUUGCGCCUACCUUUCAACAAACACCUCACGUUUACAGUGAAGCGUCAUUAUGGGGCAUUGAAGAAGAGCCUGCAGAGGUUGACCCCUUAGAUACCCGCACACCUCCCGCCACUCCUGCCAAUAUUGCCGAAGACCUUGUCCGUGAGCGCGAAUACUGGGAGCGUGAGCUGGACGUCAACAUGAUCUUCAGCUUCCUAGUCAAGCGCUUCACAUCACGACGCUCGAACAUCUCAUCACCACCUCGCAAAGCAUCGAGCGCUCCCUCCAACGGCACCGACGAAACUGUAGACUCUGCUCGCCGAGCCGCCAUCAUUCGACAGCAUCACCCUUUGGUCAGUAGGACGACGGAACGAAGACUCCCGACGUCGUCCUCAUCCACUCAACAUAGGGAGAUGAAGCGCAAGGACGCUACGUAUCGCACGUACUAUAACCCCCAGGCGUCUUUGAGGCAUCAGAAGCUCAGAAGUAAUUCGAGCUGCGCGAGUCAGAGCACGAAGAAGAGCAAGCGCAGCAGUAACUCGGCACGCAACUACUGGGACCUCGGCGGGUCUGUUGGUAGUGGAAGUGUGCUUGCUGGCGAGGUGUAG